AUGAGUGCUAUCGAAAAUUCUCAUUCUGUACUCCCUCCGAACGUUGAAGUUCCGGCUUCCUCGUCGACAGUCGAUGUGAGAGUAAUCGAUACCAACACACGUCUAUAUCUAAAGCCAGGAGACUUCUGGGAGCCAAUACUGCCAGGAUUUGAGGGGACUAACUCCCCAGUAUACUGCUUCCUCAUCUCCCAUGGUGACCGUCACAUCGUUUUCGACCUUGGUGUGCGUAUUGACUGGGAAAAGGCCCUUCCUCCAAAGAUUGUGCAGCUUGUCAAGGCUACUACCACAGUACAAGGCUGCGAUAAAGACGUCGCAUCUAUGCUGGACAAGGAUACCAGUGGCCUGAAUAUUCGCAGUUCCGAUAUCGAGGCUGUGAUAUGGUCGCACAACCAUUUCGACCACACAGGCGAUCCAUCCCGAUUUCCUUCUCAUACAGAACUCGUUGUCGGACCAGGUGUUAAGGGAAUCUCAUGGCCUGGGUAUCCGUCUAUUCCAGAUCGCUCCGUUCUGGACAGUGAUGCUGCCGGUCGCACUGUUCGCGAAAUCAAUUUCGAAGACUCGGAUCUCAAGAUCGGUCGCUUUGAUGCAUUUGAUUUCUUUGGUGAUGGCUCCUUCUACUUACUCGACGCACCAGGCCAUGCUCCUGGACACAUUUGUGGUUUGGCGCGCACAACAAGUGAUCCACCCACUUUUGUUUUCAUGGGAGCCGAUGCAUGUCACCAUGUUGGUGUGCUACGACCUUCGCAGUAUCUUCAUCUACCUCAGCCUGUACCAAUGGCUCAGAUUAACAGCUUCGGUGGAUGCCCUGGUGAUCUCUUAAUGCAGCUUGCGUCUUGGAAGAGUGCCGAUGAACCCUUCUUUCAGGUGGCAUGUGGACCUCUAUUCUCUGAUCAUGAUGCAGCUAUGAUAACCGUCUCUAAAAUCCAGGAGCUAGAUGGUGAUGUUGAGGAUAAUAUUUUUGUUAUCCUCACACAUGACGAUUCAUUGAGUGAUCAUCUCCCACUAUUCCCCCAGCGUAUAAAUGACUGGCUAGCCCAGAACUUGCGGGAAGAGACGCGAUGGAUCUUCUGCAAAUCAAUGAAAAAUGUUGUACCAUUAUGA